GGCCGGACCAGUCGAGUCGCUAGCGGGUCCACGAGGACGCAGGAAGAUGCAACAUUGCGGAUGUUCGUGCGUCGACCAUCCGUGACCGACGCGCGCACGCAGCCCAUCACGCACCGCACUCGUUAAGGUGGCCGCCAUGCGGAGCGGACAUCGGCGUCUCUGAAAGCAGGGAGAGUCGCUCCCCCCCUCCCCUCUUCCUCCUCCCCCCACCUCCUCCUCUUCCUCUCCCCCCCCCCGCAACGGAACCGGAUGAUCUCCGCCGGACCGGAGCCGCCGACGUCGACGAGCCGUCGCGGAGCCGCCUGAGGCCGCAGGAUGCAGGUGAGAGAUGCGGUGUGCACGGAGCGCAUCAGCAGCGACGAGCCGGAGCAGGAUGACGUCAGCCAGAAGAAGACGUCAUGCUUCUCCAACAUCAAGAUCUUCCUGGUGGCGGAAUGCGCGCUCAUGUUGGCUCAGGGCACGGUGGGCGCGUACCUGGUGAGCGUGCUGACCACCCUGGAGAGACGCUUCAACCUGCAGAGCGCCGACGUGGGCGUGAUCGCCAGCAGCUUCGAGAUCGGCAACCUGGCCCUCAUCCUCUUCGUCAGCUACUUCGGCGCCAAGGCCCACCGGCCGCGCUUGAUCGGCUGCGGCGGCAUCGUCAUGGCGCUGGGGGCGCUGCUGUCGGCUCUGCCCGAGUUCUUGACCCACCAGUACGAGUACGAGGCCGGGGACUCGUGGCACGCCGAGGACGGCCGGGACGUGUGCUCCAACAGCACCCGCUCGGACAACAAAGACUCUGCGUAUAAAUGCGGCGACCGCGCCAGCACCAACAUGAUGUACCUGCUGCUGAUCGGGGCCCAAGUCCUGCUGGGCAUCGGGGCCACGCCUGUGCAACCCCUGGGGGUGUCCUACAUCGACGACCACGUCCACAGGAAGGACUCCUCCUUGUACAUAGGGAUUUUAUUUUCCACGUUAGUGUUCGGACCGGCCUGUGGCUUCAUCUUAGGCUCCGUGUGUACCAAAGUCUACGUGGACGCCUUCUUCAUCGACACCAGUACGCUGGACAUCACCCCAGAAGACCCUCGCUGGAUCGGGGCGUGGUGGGGGGGCUUCCUCCUGUGCGGUGCCUUACUCUUCCUGUCGGCCCUCUUCAUGUUCGGCUUCCCUCAGGCCCUGGACCAGCAGGUUCUGGACGGCGAGAGCGAGCAGGCCAUGUUGCCCUCGCCCCUCAGCCUGGACUACCAGGCCUCCAGGGGCGUCCACGGCUUCGACAUCAACAGCGGCCUGUCCGUGUGCCAGCACCUGAGAGUCAUCCCCCGGGUCACCCGCCACCUGCUGUCCAACCCGGUGUUCAGCUGCAUCACGCUGGCCGCCUGCAUGGAGAUCGCCGUGGUGGCCGGCUUCGCCGCCUUCCUGGGCAAAUACCUGGAGCAGCAGUUCAACCUCACCACCUCCUCGGCCAAUCAGCUGCUAGGAAUGACGGCCAUCCCGUGCGCGUGUCUGGGCAUCUUCCUGGGCGGGCUGCUGGUCAAGAAGCUCAACCUGUCGGCCCUGGGAGCCGUGAGGAUGGCCAUGAUGGUCAACCUGGUGUCCACCGCCUGCUACGUCUCCUUCCUCUUCCUGGGCUGCGACACCGGCCCGGUUGCCGGGGUGACCGUCGCCUACAGCAACGAGUGAGGACGGGGGGAGGGGCACUCCGUGACAUUUUUAACAUAACGUAGAAUCACAGUUUCUCUAAUCUUUUAUACUUUUAAAGGUAA